CUCUGGCAUGAGACGCUUCCCGCAGCUUACAAAGGACACCUAUACUUUCCAAUCCCAAGAUUUCCUUGAAAUAUACCGGAAUCCCUCCAUCAUCUGCGAAUCCAAUACAAUGUAGGCUGGUUGAGAGGGAACAAAUGACGCAUCUCCAAGUCUGGAGAUAUUUGAGAAUGCAUCGACACAUGGAUGUUGUUCUUUUAAUUAUUAUUACUGUUAUAAAGCAGUUAUUCAGCUGCGAAUGGGAUUUGGAUAUGCGCGCUAAAAGUGUGGAGAAGUGAGUUUUGGGGGCCCACAGGAUGGACACUGCGGAGGUAAUUCUCUCCGUGUUGGUAGUUGUGAUCAUUAUAGUGUCGCUGCUUUCCAACAUCCUGGUGCUGAUCUGCUUUCUCUACAACCCGGAGAUCCGCAGGCAGGUACCCGGACUGUUCAAUCUUAAUCUAACCUUCUGCAACCUGUUGCUGACUGUGGCGAACAUGCCGCUCACUCUGGUGGGACUCGUCAGCCGGGCUCAGCCGGGGGGACACGGCUUCUGUCAGAUCGCGGGAUUCCUGGAGACCUUCCUGUCCACCAACUCCAUGCUGAGCAUGGCCGCUCUGAGCAUUGACAGGUGGAUCGCGGUGGUUUUCCCCCUGAGGUACCAUUCCAAGAUGCGCCACAAGGACGCAGCUUUAGUGCUCGGCUACACGUGGGCGCACUCCAUGUCCUUUUCCACGGUGGCCGCCUGCCUGUCCUGGGUGGGCUACCAUCGGCUUUACGCGUCCUGCACCUUGUCCAACUCGAGAUCUAACAACAGGACCCAGUUUAUUGUCUUUACCGUGUUUUUCCACUCCUUCACCUUCCUUCUGUCCUUUAUAGUUUUAUGUUUCACAUACCUCAAAGUUCUUAAAGUGGCUCGGUUUCACUGCAAGAGGAUCGAUAUAAUAACCAUGCAAACUUUGGUGCUGCUUGUGGACAUACACCCCAGUGUCCGUCAGCGUUGCCUUGAAGAGCAGAGGAGGCGGCGACAGAGAGCAACCAGGAAGAUCAGCACCUUCAUCGGCACCUUCAUGCUUUGCUUUGCUCCCUAUGUGAUCACGAGGAUCGUGGAGUUAUUUCCAGCAGUGCCUAUCGACCAUCAUUGGGGAAUUGUCUCCAAGUGUCUAGCAUACAGCAAAGCAGCCUUUGACCCCUUUGUGUAUUCCCUGCUGAGGCAUCAGUACAAAAAGACAUGCACGGACAUCAUCAAUAGGCUGCUAAAACGGAGUUCGCUAAAUACGUCUGGACGCCGGCCGGAGCAACAGGGCAACAGCAUACCCACAGCUGAGUAAAUGAGGUUGCAUGGCAGCACAGAUGGAAAUACCAGCCUGAUUCAUUGCUGAUGAAGAUGAGGAACGAUAUUGCUGUUUCAUGUCCAUGCCUGCUUAAAUUUGGUCCGACAUGAUAAAAAAGCAAGGUAAAUAAAAAAUAACAAAUCAUCCAUGGCAAAGGCAAACCUCACUCAGGAGUACCAGUGAGUGCCCAGAGCUGCAGAUCAGCACGGUGAUCUUGCUGUGAGGACAAUAAACUGCAGAUUUUCUAUUUACCUGAAAUGACAGAUGUGUUCGUACAGGAAGUACUGUCAGUUUUAAGAAUUAUUAUUACAUCUAAGGUAGGAUUCCACUCAUGUACAGUUAUAAAGUGACUUUGUUGUAUAUUUCCUUUAAUAUAUAUAUUUUGAAAAAAGUAGUUGGAUGUCAAUGUAAGGUGCUGAAAGUGACAAAAUUAUAAACUAUUUGAGUAAGUAUGUAGCACUGUAGUUAAUAUUAUACUUUUCUCAGAAGUAUUCUUGUUGAAAACAAACACAACAGAAAACAUAGCUGCUCUGCUAGUAGACUCAGGAAUAUUGGCCUAAUGGUGGAAAUUUUAGAAAAAUCUGGCACUUUUUUGUCCUUUUUCAGUUUAUUUUGUUUACUGUUUCACAUUUUUCUGAAGGUCAUUCUACCUUUUUUUUUUUUUCAGUGGUUUUCUGUGAAUGCCUCGGUGAGUCGGCCAAACUGAAGUUUGUUACCGUAUAUGAAACGUGUCUUUCUUACAAAAUCUGGUUAUUUUUUAAAACCUUUUUUAAUCUAUUUGUCUGCAUCCAUUUUUGAUCCCUGAAUACUAACCUAAAAUUGAUUAAAAAACUUUAUUUAAAUAAAUUUAAAUUACCUGCCCAAAAGAAGGUAAAUGCCUGUUAGACUAAAGUGAAUAGCUUUAAAACAGAAAGCAUCCAUGCUGUAACCAAAAGCCAGAGUCAAACGAAUACCAGCAAACAUGUAAUCUCCAAAUGACAGUCUCUGUGGCUUUUAGGUUUAAGUUUUCAUUUUGUUCUACAUCUGUAAACACGUUUUGCAAGUCUCUUAGCUAACUGGUCAAACUGAAUUUCUUGAGGCAUUAUUGUGCAAAUGUGUGCAUGAAUGGAUGAAUUACUAAAUGUUGAUAAAGCGCUUUGGGGUCUUUGGACUUGAUAUAUAUACAAGCAGAGGUCACUUACCAUUUUAUCAUUAUUACACCAGAGGCUUUUAUGUUUACUGUAACUGUCAUACUUUUUCAAUUGCUUUUCUUAGUUUUGAACAUCAGCUGUCUUGCACACAUUUGUGCUAACAGUGGAUUAACAUUAACCUAGUAAAAGUAAAAAGCAUAUAAGAUUAGUUCUUUUUUUUUGGACUCAACAUAAGGAAAAUAGUCCCAAUAAAUUUAAAUAGUUGAGGCCCAGAUCAAAGGGCAGCUCAGUUGGGGAGUGGGUAGAACUGCUGCCUAGCAGCAACAAGGUUCCGGGUUCGAUUCCUGGCGGAGUUUGCAUGUUCUCCCUGUGCAUGCGUGGGUUCUCUCCAGGGACUCACGCUUCCUCCCACAGUCCAAAAACAUGACUUUUAGGUUAAUUGGCAUCUCUUAAUUCUCCUUAGGUCUAGGUGUGUGAGUGGUUGUUUGACCUGUUUGUCUCUGUGUUGCCCUGCAACAGACUGGCGACCUGUCCAGGUUGUACCCCGCCUCUGCCAAAUGACACCUGGAGAUAGGCACCAGCACCCAGGAAGGGAUAAGUGUGAUUGAAAAUGGAUGGAGACCAAAAUCAGUAAAAUUCAUUGGAAUAUAUCUAGAUCACCAUUUUAAAAAGCCAGAUUGUCUCUCAGACAUGAUCCAGAAUUAAUGAAAUUGGUGACAGAUAAUCAUAUGAUGACGCCCUUAUGAUGAUUUAUGUUUCUGUGAUCAAGUGAAACACAGUACCUCACACCAUCUAUCUAAAGUUGAUAGCUUCUAUUGUUGAUAUACCCUGGUCCCUUAGUAAGACUGGGAUACUCUAGGGUUCAUCAUUAUCUGCUGUAUGGAAGCAAUGCAUAUUAAGGAAGGAGUUAAAAAGAAGGAAGAUAUUUCAGGAUAAUGGUAUCUGAGGAGCUUAUACAGGUGCAGAACAACAUAACGUUAAGCUAAAUAAAAGUGGCUCCACCAGUUCUAGUUGUCUGUUUUAUUAAAGGCAUUUGGGGCACAAUAUUUAUGAAAAGCUAUGUAUUUCACAAAUCUUGCACUAAGUAAUCCAUCUCUUGCACAUCUUUUGACCCCUAGGAAGUGCAUGGUGGUAUAUUUAUCUGCACAGUCACCUAAUCUCUCUGCAUUUUCCUUUAUCUGCUUAUUUUGCUGUGUGCAGGUUUUUUUGCACAGAGGCUGUGUAAGUGUGAGAACAACUAAAGAGAACGAUUUAAUGAACCAACUACUCUCAGUUUCAUCUGCAGUUUUUUUUCUGUCAUACAUGUCUAUACUUAAACAUAAUUAGUAAAACUAACUCAUAGUUAGUUUGAAGUCCCCUUUGAAAAGUAUCCUAGUUUCCGCUGUGUUAAACACAUGAAAGCAUACGAUAAACCCAAAUCACAUAUAAAAGGACUGAAAAUAUGUAAACAUCUCAAAUGCCGUGCGAUCCUAUUGGAAAACUUGAACAGGUGCAAAAAUAUUCAGAUUCCUGGAAUCUCUUUAGAUUUAUUUACAUUGGUGAAUUGGAAGAAACACAAUACAGUAAGUUUUACCUCUUUUAAAUCUAAUCAUGUGAAAUGUAUUUAGCUCCCUGGGAGUUGAGAUUCUGUAUAUCAACAUUUUGCUGUAGCCCAAGCUGCAAGUCUUUGGGGGUAUGGCUAGGAAGGGCUCGACACACAGCAGAUAAUGUCGCUUUCUGUCCAUAUAUUUAUUUAUUUUAUUUUGUAUGAGUAAAACUUUUUUAUGAGGUAACAGUUGCUUGAUCUCCUCCAACCAAGUGACCGUGUAUGGGAAAAUCUAAGAUCCAAAUUCUAAUUCAUGGCUUAUACAUGUAGAGGUUAAAACACAGGCUUCAGACACGACACAAGAAAAUAGAAAAUAUUUUAUCUCUGUCUAACUUUCCUAUAUGAUAUGAUUUAAGCCAGUUUGGGUAAAAACCUCUGGGUCUUCAUCCUUGAAGCUUUGUGUGACAGACUGCUUUGAAAAUAUCCUAUUUUAUAAUCAUAUAUCAUGGAGACAAGUGUCUCAAUAUUGCAAUUAUAACUGCUGCUGUCUCUGUUAUAUCCCCAUUAAUGUUUUAUACUUUGGUGGCGAUGAUUGCCCAUUGUUUGUUGUCCCCAAUGCGUCUAGCUCAUCCUUGUGUCAAUUUAGUUUU